AUGAUUCGAAGUGGACGUUCUAAACGCAGAAAAAUUAGAAAUGAACUAAAUACACUUUGUACAUUACAUUCAAAGUUUUUAAACAAAGAAGAUAAUAUUGUUGAACCAGCUGUAUUGGAUGAAAAUGAAGAUUUAACUCAUCCUUUAAUUUCCAUUCAAGAUAAUAAUAUUGUCUUAAGUCAAGAUGAAUCUUGCUCCUUGUUUGAAUUUGUUAAUCAAUCUCCACCGUCAGUUGAAGUUGGGGUUAAUCCAUUUAAUUUAGAAGAAUCCAUCAACGAUUCAGUAUUAAAUGAAACUACACCCUUUUCAAAUUCAGUAUCUAGUUCAAACUUUAUUUCUAUGGAAGAUCAAAUAUGUCAAUGGGCAAUUCAAUUUAAUAUUAAACAUAAUGCUGUCAAUAGCUUGUUAAGUUGCUUGAAGAAUCAUAAGUGUUUUAAACAUUUUCCGAUCGACAGUAGAACACUAUUUGGUACCCCAACUCAAAAAUCAAAAGAAAUCAGAACUGUACACCCUGGAAUCUACUACCACUUUGGUUUGGAAUUUGGAAUUAAGAAAUAUGCACCAACAAAUUCAUGUUGUAUCGAAAUUGCUAUAGGUAUUGAUGGGUUACCAUUGUCCAAAAGUAGUGGGGCUCAAUUCUGGCCUAUUCUUGCAUAUAUAAUGAAUAUUCCAAAGAAAAUAGUUUUUCUUGUUGGCUUAUAUUAUGGAACUGAAAAACCUCAUGAUAGUAACGAUUUUCUAAUAGAUUUUGUUCAAGAUGCCAAUAAUCUUAUAACUAAUGGUAUAAUUUUAAACAAUACUAAUAUUAAAGUUUCAAUCAAAUUAUUUACAUGUGACGCACCGGCUAAAUCGUAUGUGCUAAAAGUUAAAAGUCAUGCAGGUUUUUCUUCAUGUACUCGAUGUACCAUUGAAGGAGAGUAUAUUAAUAAUAGAGUUGCAUUUCCUUAUUCAGAAAACCAUUCAACAAAAAGAACACAUGAACACUAUCUGCAAAUGUAUGACGAAGAUUAUCAUAUUUCAAACCAAAUUUCCAUUUUAACACAAAUUGAUGGAUUUAAUUCUGUUAAUAUGUUUAGCAUUGAUUAUAUGCAUCUUGUGUGCCUUGGUGUUACUAAAAAGCUUAUGAUUCUUUGGUUUAGUAAAGGUCCCUUAAACGUUCGUGUAAGAUCAAGAAAAACUCAUGAGCUUUCAUCAAAUUUAUUAAAUUUAAAUUCUUAUAUUACAACAGACUUUGCUAGAAAGUCUAGAAGUGUUUUUGAAAUGCGCAGAUGGAAAGCAACAGAGUUCCGUUUAUUUCUACUAUAUACAGGGCCUAUAGUCUUAAAAAAUAUAAUAACUGAUGAGUGCUAUGCAAAUUUUAUGGCAUUGAACAUUGCCAUGACAAUACUUCUCAGCCCGAAUAAUAAUCAUCUUUUGAAUUAUGCAAGGGAAUUACUUAAUUUUUUUGUAAAAAGUUUUCAAUAA